CGUAGUUAUUAUAAACAACUAUAGACAAGUGGGAUGGCAUCUCAAAAAACGAACUACUGAAUUGUAGCAAGUUUUAUUAAGCUUUCACAUGUUUAUAUGAGUCUUCAACAGUUGAUAACGUAAAGAUGUCUAUAUCAGACCCAUUAAUUAAGGAAUUAAAAGGUCACAUUCUUGAGGCAACUAAGGCAAGCUGCAAUGGAGCUAUAUUGGACACACAGUCAUUCAUCCUUCCAUUGUGUCAAGUACUGGAGGCCAUAUUUCGCAAAGGACUGAUUAAUGCAGUACACUCAGCAUUUGGCCUCACUAAACGAGAUUACUGGUCAUGGGUGGAGAAAACAUCACAAACAUCUACUGGACUUCAGGGCUCCUUCAAGAGCACAGUGGAAGCCGUUACCAACAAUCAGUGCGUGGCAACACCACAAGGUCGUGGACGGCUGUUUAUCAGGCAUGCUCUUAAAUCUAAGUGUCUUCACAUCCCAGUUGAAACCAUAGUGCGACUGAGAUGCAAUGACGGUAUCUACGAUGAAGAAUCCAUUAUUGGCAAUGAAAUCUUGGGGGAAAUCUUCUUAAGUCUCCUCUAUCAAUGCUCACACAUUGACUUUGACUUGAAGUUAGAAAAUGCCUCUUUUUUAGAUGAAACUUGGCAACUGCCAAUCUACCAAGAAUAUGAACUGGUACCUUGUAUGGAUUUAGGUGUUUUUCUUGGUCAUGUGAACGGAAGAGCAGUUGUGGUCAAAGUGGAAGAAGGGAGCGUUGCUGCUGAGGAUAAUAAAAUUGAGGUUGGAGAUGUGAUAGAUGAAGCUUUUGGGAUUUGCAUCAAUGGUUGGCGUCGAGGUCGGGUCUCGUCUCUCUUACGGCAGAAAAGGGGGCUUCCUGUAUCUUUAAAGGUCAUCAAAGGUCACUAUGCCAAUGGUUCUGUAUUCCCUGGAGUGGUGCCUCUGCUUCGACGGCUUCAUCUGGAUGUGGAUAGUCUUCAGGAACAAUUUCGAGAAGUUGCUCUAGCUGAGAGCCAGGAGACAUCACUUACUAAUAACCAGCUUGGGGGUCAGACAGUACAAUACUUGGGAAGUGUGUCUGUGGGUGGCUCAGGAGACGUGUCACAGAUAGAGCAUGCUGUUACUGCAGUUUCCACUCAAAAUAGACGACCUGUUGCUGUCACACUGAUCACAGGAGAAAUUGGUGUUCAGACCUUGUUAAAAACCAACAGAAAGACAGUCCUGAAUCACAGCUACACUGAAAUCUCAUCUUGUGGCAGAAGGAAUGAUAUGCCUGAUUAUUUUGCAUAUAUUGCUGGGGACACCAGCUGCUCCAUAUCAUCACAUUUUACCUGCUAUGUCUUCAGGGCAGCAACAGUGGAACAAUCAAGAGAUAUUCUUCUAACUUUAGCUGAUGGAUUCCACAGAACGCACUGGGCAGUUUAAAGAAGACAACAUCCACUCCAAGAUUCUGGUAGAUGGAAAGUACAAAGAUGUUCACCAUUGCAUCUGCUGUCUUGUGACAUGACUUUGUUUUAGGUUUGUUGUAUGAAUGUAUGCCAUCACUUGUGAAGUUAUUGAUCUUGUUAGAGGAAUAUUUUGUAUAGGUAUAAAAAAUGUGAAAGGAAUGUUUUAUAUAAAUACUGAUGAUGUUUUGGGAAUGUUUUCUGUCUGUAGCAAAAAUAUGAAGUGUUUUGUAUGAAGAGCUUGUACAGUACAGUACAGUACAUGAAAACUGGUACAGGACCAAGUUUUUAUGGUAAAUUUGUCUCUCUUCAUGGGUUUAGAUAAACAGUAAACCCUGCCUAAUCCAUGGGGUUAGUUUCUAAAAAACUCCACCCAUUGUAAUUAUCAAAAACUGUAAAUUAAUGAUGACAAUGGGAAAUAAGAAGUUAUAUUCUAGAUCCCAAAAUAUAACCCUAAAUUUCACUAUAAUAUGAUUUUUUUAACUUGAUAUGUUAAUUAAACUUUCAAGCUACUUAUUUUAAAAAAUCCCUUGUCAAAAAAAAAAAUUAAUUUCCACAGAAAAUAUUAUACAAAUAUGUGGAUGAUACAACACACACACACACCUUCUGCAACAGCGCUCUCUGAUAUCUUGAGGAAAACUGAUGCAAAGGAGAAAAUAGUUGGUAUACGGUAUGUCAACACAUAAUGGGUCAACAUUAUCACAAAUACUGUAUAGUAUUUAAAUUCCAUCAUCUCACAUGGCUGUUUUGAAAUCAAGAAACCUUGUAUUUGCCCACUCCAGUUAACAGAAAAAGUGCUGCCUUAUGUACCGGCUGCAGAGAGAUUAGCCAAACGAUGUACUGUAUGUGAGUAGGGAUUGGAAGUGUUGAUGUUAGUAUUACAAACAAUGCCAACACAGCUGAACUAUCAUGAAACAUUUUAUGCUAGACUCUCCAUUUAAGAAUAUUUUAUUGGGUAUUUUUCAUUGUACAAUAUCAUAGUGCAGAACACAAAAUUUUUUGCCUAUUAUACAUAAUUAUGCCACAAUUCAGAGGAUCAUACAUUGUGAACAAUAGAUUAAAGUGCAUGGAUUGGGCAGGAUUUACUAUGAAGCUUUUAUGUAACAGUAGUACUCAAUGUGCAUUUACCUCUAUGUUCAUAGGCAGUAAUGUAUUUCAUUUGUGUAUUUUUGAUGUUAUUGUAAUUUUUACCUACAUGUUUAAGUAUCAUUGUUAGAGAAGAAACAAAUACAGUAUUAAAUAUGGGACAGACAAUAGUUUCACAAGAAUAUAAAGCUCAGUAAGAGUGAAUUUUGACAAAUUAAAUAACCUAAUGUAUGUACAUCAAAGAGAAGGUAAUUUCUUGCAGUUACUAGAAGCAUUCCACAGAAGAGUAUCAAAAACCUUGUUGUGGCUCUGGUAUUUGUCAUGGUGAGUCGUUGUGUGUUUAGCUUAUGGUGGGGAAAUGAUUACCGGUAAUAGAAAGUACAGUAGAGCAGAUGAAAGAUGGGAAGAAUGAUUAUCACAAGGUUUUCAAAGGAACAAGAAACUGUUGUUGAAGGAAAUGAGCACCUAGAGACUAUAUGGAAAUACAGUUUAGAGUGAAAGAGGAGAUUUUAUGUGGGAAAAUGAGGGAGAUGGAAAGAUUCUUUCUCUCUCUCAUUUUUUUUUUAGUUACUGUUACAUACAUCAGAUGAAAGAGAGGGAAGAAUUGUGGAAUAUGCUAUGGAUUCAUUAUGUAGGAGGAAACAACUAGGGGCUGCUGAGGGCUUCCAUAUAGAGGUUAGAACCUGUGUUAGAUAUAAUUGUGUAUCAUGUGACUAGUACAGUACAGUAAGUCCUCGCUUAUAUAUAUAUAUAUAUAUA